GUCCACUGGCUGGAGACGUGGCAGCGCCUCGGGUCAUAUGAUUUUGGCUCGUGCACGAACCCCACCCCGUUAUUUCCUACCAUGAUAGGGGUUUUAUAUUGUUUUCCCAACUCCUAAUUCUAGAGUAAAAUGCAGAUUUGAGCGAUAAAGUCGAUGGAUCCGAUUUGCAAUGCCCAACAGAGGAUCUGGACGUGGAUUUAAGUGGCGGUGACCACCCAAAACAGAGCCAUUUUUAGACCUUUACUGCUGACGUUUACACGGGCUUCAAAUAGCUUCCGUUUCACUCUGGUAGUGAUUGGACCGUUCAGCACUUAGAGGGAGCUAACACCGCCUCAACCAGUCCGACAUUCUUCACUUCAAUGGAGGAACAGCCCAAAGAUCGGGCACAAGAAAGGCAGAACCACCAUUACGGAGAGGACAGAAACUACAUUCAACACACACUUCGUCUGAAAAAUGAUCAGAGCCAGCUCCAGUGCCAGCAUCAGGAAACGCAGGCGAAGAAAACAGGCAAUAAAAAAGUAAUCGUCAGUGACGGGGAAGGCGAGAAGAACGCACACCUGCCUGAUGCUGUUGGUAUGCUCCAUUCUUCAAACAGCAAUGGUAACAGACACUUGAGUAACGCGCAUGUGAAGCAAAAGGGAACGCAGAGGCACCACGCAGCCGCUUUGAAAGUGAGCAACAAAGGAUCGGACUAUAAGAAGACUAUGGACCUUAAAAAUGAGAAGGAAAAGGCCGUGGAUUUAAGUCAUCACGAGGUCCAACCUUCAGAGAAAAAAGACUCUGUUUUGCUUCAGAACGGUGUUGUCAACUGUGGCUUGAUUACAAAUGGCUACUCUAGCAAGGAUAACGACGGGAGCGGCUCCGAGGGUGGAUACACCACUCCAAAGAAACGCAGGACCCGCUGUAACAAUGUCAAGAACUUUGCUGAUGUGACGAAAGACAAGGAGAAGGACGCACAACCCAGCAACAGUAUGCAGGAACCAAGGGCUUUGAACCUUGAUCCAGCUGAGAAAGGACUCUCCUCUAGAACUGAUGGCUUUAAAUCCACCCAUAAAGCAGAAAUGCAGUCAGCUGUACCUGGCGAAUGUCCAAGGAAAAACUCUGAAGGCAAAGCAGCUGCCACUUUUAGUAAAAAAACGGAGGAAAAGCAGAAAGGCAAGAACUCCUCACCUUCUAAAGAGGACUCGUGGACUUUGUUUAAGCCCCUUCCCGCAUUUCCUGUGGACAAUAGCAGUGCUAAAAUUGUUCCCAAGAUCAGUUAUGCAAGUAAAGUAAAAGAGAACCUCAAAGUAGCUCAAGGUGGGGAAGAGGCAGCUCCUCCUCCUCCUGUGAGAAUGUCACAGGUUCCAAUGUCUGCUAUGAAAACCAUCACCUCAGCUAGCUUUACUAAUGGUCCUGUUUCUGGAAAUGGAAACUGCUGCCCGACUGUGGGGAUCUUUUUUGCUCCUGCUGCUAGUAGUCUUCAAUCAGCUCCAUCUAUUCCAAGUGGCGAGAAUGUAGCAACGUCUGUGGACAGUAACUGUAGCUCGACAACCAGUCCUGUCGACGGAGAAACGUAUGAACUUCAGAAGUGUUCUCUUUUAAUCUACCCUUUAAAUAUGCAACCUGUGCUCCCCAGUGCUCGCCACCUUGACCCGCCCGCGGCUCAGACAAAUCAGAAAGCCCUGAGAGACAUCUUUCAGAAUCAGUGGGGGCUGUCCUUCAUAAACGAACCCAAUUUGGGGCUGGAGGGGGGGAACGGGCUCACGGCUGCGGAGGACCAGACUCCUGUGACUUCUCAAAGCGAGGCAACCAAGUCCUGCUUCGACGCUGCCCCAUCAUUGGUAGAAUCUUGCACUUUGUCUCAAGACUCGCAGAAAAGAACUUGUGCCCCUUGCCAAGCGUCAAACCCCUGUUCUCCUGCUUGCAUGGUCGGCGAGGAGGAGACAAAGUUGCUUCCUUGUAGCCAGGACAAGACUAAAACUGAGACCAAGGGUGCAAUUACUUCAAUGUCGACCUCCAGUAAAGACAACAGUGCCAAGUCUGCACAGGGCCAGCUGACCAUGCUGCUGUUUGGCUCUCCUAAAGAACAGAUCCUUUCUAAAGACACUAGCAGGAGGUGUAGCUGGGGCUCCUUUGAUCUUAAAGCUGCUGUCACCUAUCACACUAAAGAAAUGGAAUUCAUUUUCCACAUUCAAAAACAAGAUCCAAAAAGAGUAGUGAUUUAUGAUGAGACCAAGGAUGAGCCGGGUCAGUGAGGCAGAUCAUCUUCACUUCUCCUCUUCUGGGUGCUGCAGUUAUUUACCUUGGAACACACAAAUCCUUCUGGAUGAAUCGAGCAGCAAUUGUGAAAACCCUGAUAGCUGAGCAUGAUUUUUCCCUGGGAUUCUGGGGUGUAAUAACGGAACUUUGAGAGGGGAGGGCAUCGGACAGACAUUCAGAAGGACGUGUGGGGAGCCGAUCGGUGCCUCUGCAACAUAUUGAGUGGACUCUUCAUCUUCAGAGCUGUGGUUGUUACUCGUCUUAUAACUGAAGGGACGACAGUUCAUCAAAGGGGGGUGUGUUGGUCUGCACCUCCUUAAGCCUUUACCCUGUAGAACUGUGGGGGUGGGAUGCCUCCAUCAUUUUCGUUUUCUGGCGCAUUCAGAUGAGUUAUUGUACAUAUUUUAGACGUUAUGCAUACACAUCCGUGUACAAACUUGAAUUCAUUGUGAAUGACAGGUGAAGACACUAGAAGAAUGCCUUUUUAAAUGGUGGAAUAAAGGGGUUUGGAGUCCCGUUAGAAUAAAUAAUGCCCCACCCGUUAAGAAAAGGAACCCCGUCUUUAACCCAGAUAUCUGAAACUAAAUGCUGUUUUAGCAGACUUAACGCCAGUGUUAUUUGCAUUAUUGUACGGGCUCAGAGCGCAGGUACUAAAGUGCCCAAUCUGGACGAACGCUACUGCCCCCUCGCUGUCGCUCCGUCAGCUUUCAUUAACAUUUUCCGUUAAAUCUACCACUUUUUAAUUUCAUCCUCAUCAGACAUUUCAUUUUCACGGAUAUUUCUGCGUUCACUAUUUAAGGGGAGGAAAGAAAUGUUUUAAACCCUUAAAAAAAGUGAUUUUUGUUGCUUCCAAUAAUGUGCAAUUUGGACUCACAACACUCAGGAUACAUCUACAAACUAAUCUUCCCAUAACUGUUUACCUCCUCCGCUGUAGAAACAUCCCCUCUCUUUAGUUUAACGGUAUUAGCCGUUCUGCUUCUUGGGGUUCUGUUGCAUGUUUACAGGUGCAAAUUCAUCCCAGCACAACUGCAAUAACAAAUGUUGAAAUGUAAAGAGAACACCAUGUGACGUGGGGAAGCCACAGACCGACCUGCCUAAAAACGCAGCUCAUUUCAGAUGUUUCAGCUCUUCACUGUGGGUUUUUUUUUUUUUUUUUUUUUAACCCCCAAACCCUGUGGCUUCACCCCAAUCACAGUCUUCAAAUCAGGACUGCACAAGCGAGCGCUCCGGUUCUCUUUCCUCCUAAAUGCUAAACGAUGGGAUUUGGUUCAUGUGUGGAUUAACGGCACUUUAUGUAAACAAAUGACCUUUAUCGUAAAUACUAAGAAAAUCUAUAUGUACUAGCAUUAAUCCUUGAAAGAAUGACUUUGGGCUGUUACUUAAAAAAAAGUUAAAUACAGAAUUAUUAAAUGUAACUCAGGUAGUGUUGAUAAA